ACGAGCUAAACGGGUGGCGAGCGCUCUUCGCCCGCAAUGGAACUUGCGGCGCCAGAAGCUGCUAGGGAGAAUCCAGAUGGGGCGAAGCUGCUGGGGAACCGGGCAUCAAAAUUCCCGGGAGUCCUCAAGUCGUCCCUCGAUCGCGAGGCUGAGUUGCAUGAGCGCCCUCUCCUGGCGCUGCCGGAGCAACCAGCCGCCGGGGGAAAGUUGCUAGGCCAGCAGUACCUAUGUAGGUCAGGCUCUGGCCCUGGGGAAGAAACCUUUGCCAAGACCAAUGAUCCUGCAGUCCACAAAGCUUUCAGGUGCCGGAAUUGUGGGCUGACUGUAGCCAGCCUCUCUGACCUCAUUCACCAUCAAAACAGCCAUGGGUGUGACCGGCCUUACAGCUGUCCAGAGUGUGACAAAAGCUUCCGGCGUGGCUCAGAUCUGGUUAAGCACUACAGGGUACACACUGGUGAAAAACCUUACCCCUGCCCAGAAUGUGGCCGUUGCUUCAGCCUCAGCUCCAAUCUCACUAAACACCGGCGUUCUCACUCAGGUCUCAGACCUCAUAAGUGUAUGGAGUGCGGAGAGGCCUUUGGCCGCAGUGCAGACCUAGCAAAACACCUGCGGGUGCACACUGGGGAGAAGCCCUAUGCUUGUGUUGAGUGUGGUAAGACUUUCAGGGUUAGCUCCAACCUGAUCCAGCACCAGCGUACUCACACUGGCGAGAAACCCUACGGCUGUGGACUCUGUGGCAAGAGUUUCAGCCUGAGCUCUAAUCUUUUACAGCACCAGCGCUGUCACACAGGUGAGAAACCCUACUUCUGCUCCUGGUGUGGAGACAGCUUUGGGCGCAGUUCCUAUCUGCUGGAACACCAGCGUUCACACACAGGUGAGAAGCCCUACAAUUGCUGUGAGUGUGGCAAGAACUUCACCAACAGCUCCAACUGCCUAAGGCACCAACGCACUCACAAUGGAGAACCGCCUUUCAGGUGUCUUGAAUGUGGACGUGGCUUCAGUAAGAGCAUCAUGUUCAUUGAACACCAGCGCAUCCACUUGAGCAAAUGACUGACCUUUCCGGGAUGUGGCAAAAUCUUAUACCACAGCUCCAUUAAUGUUCACACGUGGGCAAAAAGCCCUAGAAGUUAGCCGGGCGGUUGUUGCCCACGCCUUUAAUCCCAGCACUCGGGAGGCAGAGAGGCAGAUCUCUGUGAGUUCAAGACCAGCCUGGUCUACAAGAGCUAGUUCCAGGACAGCCUCGAAAGCCACAGGAAAACCCUGUCUCCAAAACAAAACAAAACAAAACAAAAAGCCCUAGAAGUUUCCUGGUUGUGGGUAGUAUUUUGUGGACAACACCAGCAUAUUCACAUAGACCAAAGACCUUACAUUUGCAGUAAGUGUGCCAGGAGCUUCAGGCAGAUUUCCCACUUGUUCUUCUACCAAGUGACCCACAGUAGCAAGAAGACUUCUAAAACUCCCAACUUUUUCUAACACUAAUGGAUUACCAAAAUGGGAGCUUCUACAGAUAUCCCUGGCUUCAGCUUUAAUCUACAUUUUGUCUUUGGAUUUGGUCCAGCCCUGAGAAGCCUGAAGGAACCAUCUGGACUGAGACAGAAAUCCCAGACUAGAAGCACAGCACUAGAGCUAUGGCUACUACCUUCAAUGAGACUAUAUUUUAAAGUGGCGGGGGGGGGGUCCUCUUCUAUGAGAUUCCAUUUAGAAUAUCCAUUAGCUAGAGGGAAAUUUUAGAUGUCCAGAGCCAUAUAACCCUGACCAGCUGCUUUGAGAUAGGUUAACCAUAACAAAAGAACAAUUACUGUUUCUCAGAGGAAGAGGACUUACAAGCCAGGCAAAGUUCCUGUUGAGGACUACAGUAGCAAGAGGAUGAAGGUGGGCCAGAGGGGAUCAUAAAGAAGGCUAUGUUCUAGCAAAAGGACCAAAGAAUUUGAAUUUGGGGUUGCUACAUAAGCUCUGGGUGUAGGAUCCCAUUCAGUGCACUUUCACCACUUAAUAACUAACUGUCUUUACUGUUCACACAGUAAAGGUUGAAGCAAAGAAACAGACUUUGAGUUCAGGAUGCUUUGUGGUAUUUCUGGGCAUAGGCAAAGGCCCAAGAUUUGUCAUCUGGCCCUUUCCUAGUCCUCAAUCCCUUCCCUCAAAAAAUUCCCCUGUUCCCCCCUCCCCAAACACUUCCUCACUCCCCUCAAUGGAAGAAUAGUGAAGACUUCUGGACUUUGGAGAUUAAGUAGCCUUUUUAUCUAACACAGAGGCAGGUUGCCCACCCAAAUAUAUUUCUGCUGCUAAAAUUAGUGUAUAUGAGAGCUGGGAGGUUUCCCAAAGCACCACAUAGUCUUUAAUCAGAUCACAGUCCAAGCAGGGACUGCCUAUUGUCCUGAGAGUCAUGGACUAAGCUUUUUAAGGUUGAGGAUAGAGUUUUCUGUUUCAAAGACCUAGUAAGUCCUUUGUGACAUUCCUUUCAUCCUUAACUGCAAAAUCCUUGUCCCCUGCCCUCCAGUUUUGCUGCCAUUUAUUUAGCUUGUUGCAUCUAGAACUGUCUAUAUAUAGAGUAAGAGGCUAAGGAAGAAUGUCAAGUUGCCCAGCCUCAGUUUCUAAGAGUCCAGGCUUGUCUCUUCCUAGCUGUGUGACCCAUUACCUCUUCUGGGUCUCAGUUACUUCAUCUGUGAAACAUGCAAUGUUCCUCACCAGGCUGUGAAGAUUCCCUGAAUAUGCCUACCUUCAUGAAGUACCUGGUUAGGAGAAUGGCUCAGUAAGCCUCAGUUCUGAAGUCUGGAGUCCUGUUGGUUGUAUCGUUCAGAAAGCAUCAUGGCAGCUCACGGAACAGCUUCUAAGAUCACAGAAAUGAACUAGACACUCCUGUAGUAGACUAUUGUCCCAUAAAGGCAAUGGACCAGUAAUAACAUUGGGGAAGGGGUGUCACCUGGAGCAAAUCUGAAAGGCAUGACCCAGGUGACAUCUAAUGAACAUCUCUGCCUCCUCAAGCUGGGUAGGAGAAACUUACUCCAAGAAGGAGUAAGUAAUUAAAGAAAUGAUUCUUGAUAUGUUCCCAUCAACAGUACUUCAAAAAACACAACCCAAGGUUUGAGUUGAAUACAUGAGCAUAGCACAUACAUAUCUCCUGCUUCUGAAAUCUGCUUCUUUGGCACUCAAUAAAUAGCUAUGUUUGGGUUCUGUUUACA